CUUGACAGCAUGAAGUCAGUGAUCUGUGCCAUCGCUCUGCUCGUGGUUGGCGCUCAUGCAUUUGUGCCGCCUACGGGCUUCCAGGGAGCCCUGAGGUCCCGCGGCGCUGCCCGCCCUGCAACCACCAUGGGCGCCGUCGAUCAGCUGGCCGGAGCCGACGUCGAGGUGAGUUCGUCCCAACCACUUUGACGCAGGGUGGAAGGUGUCACUUGCAUGUCCUCAUCCGACCGCCUGGCUUUGUGUGCGCGUCCAUUGAUCAGACUGGCGGUGUGUGGGAUCCCCUGGGGUUGAGUCAGAAUGAGGACGCCCUCUCCCUCUACAGGGCGGCGGAGCUCAAGCACGGCCGCGUGUGCAUGAUGGCUGUUUUGGGGGUUAUUGUCCAGACCUACUUCCAGCUCCCCGACCCCGUCUUCAACAACCCCAGGCCCCUGGAGGCCAUCGUCCAAGUCUGGCAACAGAGGCCAGAGGCUAUCAUCCAGGUGCGUACCUACAUCACCCACACCGCUGCACACAGGACGCCUGCCCACCAUCAUACAGUCGGUGUGUGGCUACUUUCUGUGUCAGAUCCUGCUUGCGAUCGGGGCGACUGAGCUUUACUUCUUGCGCCAGAGCCCCGAGGACCCGCCAGGCAGCUUGCAGAACUUUGGCGCCGCCUUCAGGCCACGAGGUGCGCACACGGGAAGCUGACCGCAUCAAGUCGCCGUGUCAUGGUCGCGCUGUGUGUCCCUUCGUGAUCCACAGAUGAGGCCAAGUUUGAGGAGCUGCAGCGGAAGGAACUCAAGAACGGUGGGCAACACACACACAAGACAGACAGCGAAGCGUCCACAGCAUUCUCCUGUGUGGUGCGUGUGUGUGUUCAGGUCGUCUUGCGAUGAUAGGCAUCUCGGGCAUGCUGGUGCAGGAGGCGCUGACCGGCCAGGGACCACUGGAGCAGAUCCAGGUCGGACACAUAUCGCCUUUCGGGGACGGACAGGGCUACUUCUGAUCGACAAAUGGGUCGAUGGAUGCAUGGAGACGCGUACAGUAGAC